CACUUUUUCCACGUACAUUCAUAUUCACAUUUAUUGCGUGGCUUCGCCAACGCCAACGUCAGCGUCGACUCGUUUAAUUCACAUUUUAUUUACGCUUUUGUUGCUGCUGUUGCCGUCUGCUGUCUGCUGGUCUCGUAAUUGUUGCUUCCUUGGCCAGGACAUGGAUAUACUCGCAUAGUACGUUCGCGUUGGCGCUGCACAGCGGACGUGUUUGCGCGGCUUCCAGCUCAACACGGUUUAGUUAAGUUCGCUUAGGGUCAGCUGAGUUACAAUUGUGUGAUGCAAACGAAUGGGGCGAAUGAAAAUGUGGAGCCAACUGCCGAGUCCGCGGACUCCAUGCGCAGCACACCAGCCGCAAUGCCGCGUCGUCCCAAGCCGGGCAUAUUGCGGCUGGACAUUGGCAAGCCACGGCGUUCAUCAGGUGGUUCUGUGGACUUUCGAUGCGUGAGCUCCGUGCCUGGAUGUGGAGGUGGCUCUGGCGUAGCCAGCAGUGGAAGUGGUGGCGCCAACAGUGCCACAGGCGCCAACAGUGAGGUAAGUGAGCAUGAUUUACUGGACACCAGGGAGUGCUUACGAUUUGCUCCCCACACUCACACACACACGUGCAGAGCACCGAGCACUGAGCAGUAAGCGCAGCUGCCGCAAAAACCAAACCAAAAACCAAUAGCCAUAAACAAGCAGCACCUGGUCGAAAAACCUAACCAUGCCUUGGAUGGAUGCCAAAGGCGGCUAACAGAUCAAAUCGUUUGUAACUCGUUUAGAAAAUUUACCUGAACGAGCAGCUUAUUAUGGCUAAGUAGACGAGUGAAUGCC